AUGCUGAUGAGCAGCCAGUGCCUGCAUCUGUUGAGGGUGUUCCUGAGAGCACAAAGAUGCCAGCUGAAGCUGCCCCUGCCCUACAGGAAAGCCUAUGCCAGGAACUGCAGUUGCCAGGAGCUGAGAGACCUGUUUGCCUUGAAGCUGCAAGUGUCAAUGCUGCACCAAGAAGUUGCCUUACAAAAGGUGAUGAUGGCAGAGCUCCUGCCUGUCCUGGAGCCCAGGCUGUCCCUGGGGACCCCUGCAGUGCAGCUGUACCGGGCACUGCACACGCUGCUCUGCGGGGGCGGGACCCGCUUCCCGGUGCUGGCCAUGUCAGCAGUAAAUCUUGCUUUUGAUAUUGCUGGAUAUGCCACCACACAAGUGGUUCACUGCAGAUGUUCCAGGUGUUUUUCUUUCCCUUCCAAGCGAAGGGUAAGGAAACGGCCCCGAGUCCUGACGCUGCUGAGCCUGCCCGAGGACGUUCUGUUCCACGUCCUGAGGGGCCUUCCUGGAGCUGUGAGUCUGCUGCUGCUUCCCCCUGUGCACUCACACCUUAAAUACCUUGUGGAUAACCAUGCUAGUGUUUGGGCAUGUGCAAGUUUCCAAGAAAUAUGGCCUUCUCCAAGCAAUCUGAAGAUGUUUGAAAGGGCUGCUGAGAGGGGUAACUUUGAAGCUGCUGUGAAGCUGGGAAUAGCAUACCUGUACAAUGAAGGCUUGUCCAUCUCAGAGGAGGGGCGUGCAGAAGUGAAUGGGCUGAAGGCCUCACAUUUCUUCAGCCUGGCAGAGCGGCUGAACGCGGGGGCUGCCCCCUUCAUCUGGCUCUUCAUCCGGCCUCCCUGGUCCUUGAGUGGCAGCUGCUGCAAAGCUGUGGUCUAUGAGAGUCUCAAAGCAGAGUGUCAGCUGGAGAAAGCUCAAAAAGGAUCUAUUCUCCACUGCUUGGCUAAGGUCUUGAGUCUCUUUGAGGAUGAAGAAAGAAGAAAAGAAUCCCUUGAAAUGUUUGAAGAGUCUUCAAAGCAGGGUUGUUUAAACAGCUCCUACCUCCUGUGGGAAAGUAACAGAAAAGCUGCUAUGUCAGAUCCUGGCAGAUACCUCCAAAGUCUCAGGAAGCUACGGGACUUUGCAGCAAAGGGCUGCUGGGAAGCACAGAUAGCACUAGCCAAAGCUUGUGGGAGUGGAAACCAACUAGGAUUAGAAGCAAAAUCUUCCAGUGAAAUGGUGUCUCAAAUCUUUCAAGCUUCCCUUCCUAUCAGCAAGAAAAGUAUCUUCACUGUGCAGAAAGGAAUGAAUGAAACAAUGAGGUACAUCCUGAUUGACUGGCUGGUAGAAGUGGCUACCAUGAAAGACUUCUCCAGCCUGUGCCUUCACAUGACAGUGGGGUGUGUGGAUCGGUACCUGAAGCUGCGGCCGGUGCCCCGGGCUCGGCUCCAGCUCUUGGGAAUUGCCUGCAUGGUCAUCUGCACCCGUUUCAUCAGCAAGGAGAUCUUGACCAUAAGGGAAGCUGUGUGGCUAACAGACAACACCUACAAAUAUGAAGAUUUGGUCAGAAUGAUGGGUGAGAUCAUUUCUGCCCUAGAAGGAAAGAUAAGGAUACCUACCAUUGUGGACUACAAAGAAGUGCUGUCAAAUGUGGUCUUGCUGGAGAGAAGGACCCUUCACCUUUAUAGCUUCAUCUGUGAACUGUCCCUCUUAAACACCAGCCUCUGUGUGUACUCCCCAGCUCAGCUGGCUGCUGCAGCACUGCUGCUGGCAAGGGUACUGCACAGGCAAGCACACCCCUGGACCAGCCAGCUGUCUGAAUGUACUGGUUUCUCCUUUGAAGACCUGUUGCCCUGUGUGCUGAGCCUCCACCAGAAGUGUUUCCAUGAUGAUGUCCCAAAGGAUUAUAGGCAGGUGUCCUUAACUGCAGUGAAACAACGAUUUGAAGACGAGCGUUAUGAGGAAAUAGGCAAAGAAAAGAUGAUGAGUUACAGCCAGCUCUGCUCAUUGUUGGGUGUGAAACAGGAGGACCCAGAACCCAGUCCCUUGCACACAAACGUGGUGGAAAUUCAGACUUUCCUUAGCUCUCCCUCUGGAAAGAGAACUAAAAGGAGGAGGGAAGACAGCAUUCAGGAUGACAGGGGCAGCUUUGUGACUACACCCACAGCAGAGCUAUCCAACCAGGAGGAAAGUCUUCUAGACAACUUCCUAGACUGGAGUUUAGCUUCCUGCUCAGGUUAUGAAGGUGAUCAGGAAAGUGAAGGCGAGAGAGACGGAGAUGUGACUGGUCCCAGUGGGAUCUUGGAUGUGACAGUGGUCUAUAUGGACCCUGCUGACCACUGCUGUCAGGACUCCAGCGAUGAGGACAACCUGGCUGCAGAGUGGGCUGGGCAGGAGCCCACGGUGUUAGACAACACCCACAGCCCUUCAGCCUGUCUGCCCCCAAGGAAUCCUAAACUGGAAAGGAGCUCAGGCUACUCUUCUGUCAACAGUGCCAGCCCUACAUCUUCUGUGGAAGGCAGCCUUGGAGUACCCCUCAAACCUACCUCAGCACCGUCCCGCGGCCCCGCGGGGCUGUGCCCCCCUCCCUGCCUGGACUGGUGUUUACAGUCAGGCUGUGCCAGGCCUGGGGAGGGCAGGUGUGACAGGAGGCAAGUCAAGAGGAAAAAUGUGGCAGAACACAGUGGAGAAAGGGUGAACUUGGGCUUCUUAAGCCUCUGA